AUGGAACGCCGACUCGCAUCUAGAAAUGUGAGCUUGGAGUGGGUUGAACGAAGUAAUCAAGAUGGGGACAGUAUCUCGGCACAUCUCAUUCAAAACACAUACGCCCGGCUGAAACUCCAGUAUGCAGAAAGGUUGCGCCAGAAUUGGAUUGAACAACUUGAAUCGCCCAAUCAAACCCUUGAGCAGCUGUCUCUGGCUGCGUGUCUGAUUGAAUUGUGGAGGAGCAUGUACGGCGCUCUACCAGCAACAGAACAAGAAGAAUCAUCAAAAAAUACACUGCCAUUCCCAGGGUUCGUGGACCUGGCUUGUGGGAAUGGUAUCCUCGUGUGUAUACUUCUCAUGGAAGGAUACAAGGGCUUAGGUUUUGACGCCUGCCGUCGAAAGUCCUGGGAGACAUUCCCAGCGGAGAUACAGGACUGCCUGGAAGAGAGAAUCUUCAUCCCGCAGCCUUUUAUGGAUGUAUUGGAGUUGCAAGAAAUUGGCGUUAAGAUACACACCGGCGAAUUCCCGGAUAAGACAUUCAUCAUAUCCGACCAUGCAGAUGAACUCACGGUAUGGACUCCAAUAAUGGCCGCUUUAUCAAGUCCCUCGUCGCCAUUGCCAUUCUUUGUGGUUCCGUGCUGUUCUCGUUCACUUGCUGGUUCGUCGUAUCGCUAUCCUCCGCCAAAGGAGGGUGGACCAGUACCAAAGAGUGAGAAUGGCGAUCCUGCCGCAAGGAAAGUGUAUGAUGCCAUAGAGCAGAAUUCACAGCCUGCUUCUGGUGACUUGAGGGCACUUCGUGCAAUCAAGAUCGAAGAGAAGACUAAGACCGGAUUCCUAGGUUCAAUGAUUGGAUCUCUCGCUGCAAAAACAAUGAGUGUUGCCGAGGAAAUUGGGUUCGAUGUUGAGAAGACAUGGUUGUGCACUCCGGGGGCCAUUAACAUGGCGUUGAUUGGAAGUCGACAGCAGGUCACAAGCGAGUGGCUAAAGAACUCCUAUUCUAAAGAUUCUCCAACACAAAGUGACCAAGCAGAUACAGUUUUGAAGAAUAUCAUACAAGUAGUUGAGCGUGAGUGCUUCAAAGAUGGUGGCAUCCAGGUAGCUGCUAAUCUUUGGGUUGAACGGACGAAGAUUCUUCACCAGGGACAGGGAACAGCGCACCAAGCUAAUUAA